CGCCGUGCAGCUCACUGGUCGGGGCAGUUAAAAUGGCGGCGGAGGGAGGAAUGUACACGUCCGCGGCUCUGUCUUAUCACAGCACCGGAGACUUCUAUCCACGAAAGUUCGGCCCAAAACCGGACGUGGUACCAUGCGGACCGACGGAGAAGAAGAAGGGUCCGCUGGACAAACCGGACAUGGUAUCGGUGGACGUGAUAAACAUCAAUGACACGGAUGUCCCUCUGCACAGGAAGAAGCAUGAAUGUGACACGUACGUUUUGGGAACCAUCCAUCCUUUCAGGAAGACACACAGAUCAGUGUUUGGGAAACUUCUCCAGGAAUUCAGACUGGUUUCCUCAGACAGACGGUCAUGGAGGAUCCUGCUGUUUGGAUCACUCAACCUGCUCUGCACCGGCUGUCUGCUGAUGUGGUGCAGCUCCACCAACAGCAUGGCUUUAACCGCUUACACCUACCUGACCAUCUUUGACCUGUUCAGCCUGAUCACCUGUCUCAUCAGCUCCUGGGUCAACAUGAAGAAACCCAGUCAGGUCUACUCGUUUGGGUUUGAACGUCUGGAGGUCCUGGCUGUGUUUGCUUCCACUGUCCUCGUCCAGCUGGGAGCUUUGUUCAUCCUGAAGGAGAGUGUGGAACGAUUCAUGGAGCAACCUGAGGUCCACACAGGACGACUGUUAGUCGGGACCUUCGUCGCUCUUUUCUUCAACCUGCUGACACUGCUGUCAGUCAAGAACAAGCCCUUCACCUACGUCUCAGAAGCGGCGAGCAGCAGUUGGCUUCAGGAACACGUUGCAGACCUGAGUCGAAGUGUGUGUGGUGUGAUUCCAGGUCUCAGCAGUGUCCUGCUGCCUCGUAUGAAUCCGUUUGUCCUCAUUAACAUGGCUGGAGCUCUGUCCCUCUGCAUCACAUACAUGCUCAUAGAGAUCAAUAAUUAUAACGGCGUGGACACAGCGUCGGCCGUCGCCAUCGCUCUCAUGACCUUUGGCACCAUGUAUCCAAUGAGCGUCUACAGCGGCAAAGUUCUGCUGCAGACCACGCCCUCUCACAUCAUUGGUCAGCUGGACAAACUUCUGAGAGAGGUGUCCACACUGGACGGAGUUCUGGAGGUCCGUAACGAACACUUCUGGACCGUGGGCUUUGGAUCUUUGGCUGGCUCCGCCCACGUCCGUAUCCGCCGCGAUGCUAACGAGCAGCUGGUUCUGGCUCACGUCACAAACCGUCUCCUUCCUCUCGUGUCGACUUUGACGGUUCAGAUUUUUAAAGACGACUGGACCCGCCCCCUCCUCACAGGGGGCCUCCCCUCUUCCUCAUAUGCCCCACCCCUGGGUGUGUCCGAGGGCUUGUCACUGCCUCCUCUGCUGAUGUCAUCAGGAGCAGAUCUGGACCCACUGACCUCCACGCCGUCCAAACUCAGCAGCCCACCUCCAGAGUUCUCCUUCAACACUCCGGGCCGGAACCUGCAGCCAAUGGUGCUUCCUGCUGCAGGAAGCCACGCCCACAGGCCGUAUGGCGGCCUGGGACUCGGCUACCCUGGGAUGACGAACCAGGGUCCGGUGCGGCCCAGUGGUGGGUUGGGGGGAGGGUUUGGACUGGGUGUGGGCGGGAGCUCUCAGAGCUACAGAACUGUGCUGGGCGGGGCCACGGCCCCGUUACAGUUUGGAGCGUCACAGUACAGACAGUACCGACCCUGACCAACUGACAAGAAGAAUUAACUCCACCCCUCAAAGACAUUUUUUACCUCAUGGUUUAAAAUCAUGAAUAAAACUUUUUAACAUAGACAUAACAGAAGAAGAGCAAAGGGUCAGAGGUCAGAGGUCACAGGACUGAUGUUUGUUCUUUGUUGUUAAAUGUGUGUAAAAGUUCAACAUUAAAUUUAAUUCAGUUUCA